AGGAGCUGAUAGAGCAUUGACUUGGAGCAGAAGGCAGAAAAGAAGGCAGAAGAUCCUCCAAACUGGGGAGCUCAAGAUGGUUCUAAACAAGGCCUUAUGUUUCCGAAUAAAAGAUGCUACAAUGAAGGCCAUUUAUGUGCAGAAUAACCAGCUCUUGGCUGGAAGAGCGCAAGCGGGAAAACUUAUCGAAGGUGAAGAGAUCAGCGUGGUCCCCAAUAGGUCACUGGAUGCCAAACGGUCCCCGAUUAUCCUGGGCAUUGAGGGAGGCUCCCAGUGUCUGUCAGUUGGGAUAGCUCAGCAGCCUAUUCUUCAGAUAGAGCAUAAGAACAUCAUGGACCUUUAUCGCAGCAAGGAGGAAUCCAAGAGCUUCACCUUCUACAUGCGCAACACCGGACUUACCUCUAGAUUAGAGUCAGCCAUCUACCCAGGCUGGUUCCUCUGCAGUAUCCAUGAGGAGAACCAACCUGUCACCCUCACCAACCAUCCUGACAAUUCUGAAUCUGUCAUCACUGACUUCUAUUUCCGACAAUGUGCCUAAGCUUUAACUUCCCCUAGCAACCUAUUGGAGAGAUGGCUCUGUCUAGCCUCUGGCUCUCAGCUUCUUUCUUCUUCAGAUCACAGAAUUUGAGAGUCAGAAAAGAACAUCAGUAGCCAUCACUGAACCUAGAAUCAGGAGGAUCUGAGUUCAAAUGUGACCUCAGAUACUUAUUAGCUGUGUGACCUGGGCAAGUCAC